AGGGCCCCGAGGUUUCUGCGCUCGGAGUCAGUUGGCCGAAAUGAGCCGCGCGCGUUGGGGCUCUCGGUGUUCGUUCCCUCGUUAAGGGUGGCAACGCGUCCGGUGGCGUGCACCGCUUUACCCGUGAGAUGUGCGGGGAUCGAAUGGAAUACGCGAAUCGCGCACCGUUCCGUCGAAUUAACUGUAUCUGGUACGAAAGUGACGGAGGUAGAUAGUUUUCGAGAGCGAGGAGAGAGAUUACCACGGUGUCUCGAAGGAAAGAGAUUGGAGGAAGGAUAGGAGUGGAAGGGUGAACUUCGGAAGAAGGGAACCUCUUCUUGCCUCGAUACUCGACGCCAGGUGAACUCGAUCUUGAGGUUUCAGCUUUGAUCGUUGCCAAUCGAUCAGUGUCAGUGCAGUGGGCUUCUUCUUUUUCUUUUUUUUUUUUUUCACUUGUGUCACUUGCGUGGAAACAGUGGUUUUGGAAACAUUGAACAUUUUGUGUGUUCCUCCAAGGUGCAAGGUGGAUUUUCCUCGGGGAAACCAAGUUCUGAGAUUUUCCUUUCCUCUUUUUGGAUCUAAGUUUUGCAAGUGCGGUUCUCGACCACCGAAAAUUUCAUAGUGAAAAGUGUCGCCGUUUCCUUCAUACCUCUGUUCAACGUCGUAAAAUGAACGAAUGAUCGACGAACGACGGUGACACCUACGCGAUGAGGCCGAAAUCGUGUUCCCUGUUCCUGUUGUUCUGCGUGUUGAUGCCGGGAUUGGUAUGCCCCUUCACAUCCGGCGAAGAAGGCGAGGAUGCCGCGGAAGACGAGGAUUCCUAUCUCUUAGAAGAGGACGAUGUGCCUUCGGCGACGAUAGCCACUGACACAGAGCUGAUCUCUGAAGCAGGCGGCCAUCUACCCGUGUUCCUCACGGAGCCGGUCGACUCCUUCGUGGUGAAGAACAAACCAGCCACGUUACAUUGCAAAGCCGCGCACGCGUUGCAGAUCUAUUUCCGGUGCAAUGACGCGAGGGCUGAGGAUUCUCAGCAACAGGACUUCGUGGACCCGCACACGGGUACCAGGAUAGUCGAUUGCGAGUUGAACGUGACGAGAGAUCAUAUCGAAGAAUAUUUUGGCAGAGACAAGUUCAAAUGCGAAUGUAUCGCCUGGUCUGGUUCGGGACAGAUUAAGAGCCAACCUGCGACUGUCGAUGUCGCUUACCUGAAGAAGCAAUUCGAGUCCCCACCGUACUCGGUAUCGGUGGAGGCGGGCCAGAGCACCGAACUCAGGUGUCUUCCUCCUGUGGGAGUGCCACCGCCGAGGGUGUACUGGCUGAGAAAUAACGUUCCCGUCGACACAGAAUCGGACACGCUUUUAGUGUCCAGCGAGGGACAUCUUCUUGUUGGCCAAGCAAAACUCAGCCAUCAGGCGAAUUACACUUGCGUCGCGGAAAACAUCGCGGCGAAAAGGCUCAGCGAGCCCGUCAGCUUGACAGUUUACGUGAAGGGAGGAUGGUCGGCAUGGUCGGCGUGGUCGGAAUGCCAUUCGAGGUGCGCAAAAGGGGGUCAAAAGCGAACACGAACGUGCACGAAUCCGGCCCCCAUGAACGGUGGCCAAACCUGCAUGGGUCCGUCUACGCAGAAGAUGGACUGCAACAUCGCCUGUCCGGCCGGAACUAUGGAGGAGUUCACCAAUACUCUAGUGGUGGACGGAGGAUGGUCCAGAUGGUCGGCAUGGUCGGUGUGCGGCACAGACUGCACGCACACCAGGAGAAGAUCCUGUGACGAGCCGCCACCCAGCCACGGUGGACGACCUUGCCAGGGGAGGGACACCAGCGUGGCGAAUUGCACCGGCGGCAUGUGCAACAACGGCAAUACAAAAAUGGGCGGCGCGCAUUUGACCGAGGAAGAGUUCUUCCUGGAGAGGAAUUUUUAUGCGAACCGGCAGAUGGACGUGGCUCUUUACGUCGGCUUGACUGUCGCGUGUGUGGUAAUCGGCGGCUUGGCAUUUUUCUUAGCAAAACUUCUGAGGCGCAAAGGUCGGGACCAUUCCCUUUACUCCAUGGCCCGUAACGAAUUCCAGCCGGAGUUCUUCCCGGACCAGGACAAGAAGCUGAGCCUUCAGCCGGACGUAACAGCGACGAGCGUGCCGGCCUGUUACGAGUAUCCUUUCGACCCGAAGCUGUCGAUGUCGAGAUCCCUCUCCGAGCACCAUUACGACGUGCCCCACCUGUCGAUCGCCCCUCAACCGUCUCCAAUGUCGCCAACGCCAAGCACAUCGACCCAGGAAUCGUGCAGCGACAAGCAGAUCCAUUCAGAUUGCGAGAACAGCGUCACUAGCUCCUAUCCGUCCUCCGACUCGACUUACAACGUCGCCUCGGAGAGCGUUCGCCUGCCGAAGCUCGAGACCGGAAACGUUGCUGGGGCGGCGGUGAACACGCGUGGCGCGCUUCUGGUUCUCCCGGAUGCGGGCAUAUCGAUGUCGGUGCCCGAGGGAGCCGUGCCGAAGCCGCUCAGGGAGGAGCUCUACCUGGCUGUGCUGAACGAGGAUCGGUUUAGGCCUCGAUUACCCGACGGUAUCACGCAACUGUCCGCGGUGGUUACGUGCGGCCCUUCGUCGGCGACCUUCAACAAGCCUGUGAUCCUACAAUUCGAGCACUGCGCGAUGCUUCACCCGGCCACGUGGGAGCUCAGCGUCUGGGCCUGCGACGGGCUGAGCGUCGAGGAUGGGACGGCGGUCGCCUCCUCCAAGGAUCAUCAAUCGAUCACGUGGAGCAGGGUGUUAACAUUGGGAAACGAGACGAUCAACACGCCAUUGUUCACCCAGCUGGACCACGCGGAGGCGUUCAUUGUGACGGAACAGUUAAGAGGUUACGUGUUGGCCGGUCAAAGUUGCGAGAACGUGAUCGCCACCAAGAGACUGCGAGUCGCGUUGUUCGCCAGCCAGGCUGGCCAAUGUUGCGUCCGGGUUUACGCGGUGGAGGACACGAAGGCAGCCAUGAAAGCGAUCGUCGACAGGGAGUCACAGAUCAGAGGUUACUUGUUGGACAAACCGAGAACACUGCUGUACCAAGACAACGGCGAGUCGCUCUGCGUCAGCCUCGAAGAGGUUGGCAACGAGUGGCAGAGCAAAUCGCCCACGGAACGGCAGGAAAUCUCGUUCAGGGACAUGUGGAACUGCCAGGAGAACACGAAACACGUGACAUUCGGACUGGACACCGCUUUCGGGCCCACGAGCAGCAGAAGCUACAAGCUUCAGGUGUCGCAAGGGAACUCGGACACCAGGCAGGUGUUCAGGAUCGUGUACGACGGCGCCAAACAAUUGAUCUCAUCCGGAAGCGUGACCAGACCGCUCAGAGAGGUGACUGUGGUCAGCAGCGGGCAUGCCAAUAACGCGACCACAGAUUCCACUACCCUCAGACCGUUUCGGUUUACCAGGUCCCUGAGGAAACAGCUAUGCCAGUGCCUGGAUCCGCCUAACGCUCUCGGCAACGACUGGAGGAUGCUCGCGCAAAGGCUUCAAGUCGACAGGUACAUCAAUUAUUUUGCAACCAAGUCCAGUCCCACGGAGCACAUCCUGGAUCUCUGGGAAGCGAAACAUCACGAGCCAACAGCUGUGACCGAUCUCCUGAAUCAUCUUCGAGUAAUGGGCAGAACCGAUGCCGCCACGAUCCUCGAGGCCCAAUUGGGCCCGUGGCUUUGAACGAGCGGAACCCAGCCGCCAUGUGACGUUUCCUGUGGUGAGUGAUAGUCCUACGGAACGAACGAGUGUACGAAAAGGAAAAAGUGGUGAACCGAACGUUUGUUUCGACGCGGGGAACCCGGACGUUCCUCUUCGGACGAACUGAUCGAAACACUGCCUUAAUUUGCGCGGGGCAUUAUCCCGCUCGCUCCCCCUCUGUACAUAGAAACUUUCGUUUCUUUUCUUUUUUUAUUUCGCUCCCUUUUUCUUGUAAGAUGAACGUUGUUCGAGGCGACAUUAUCUGAGAUCUCUAUUGAGAUCGUAUUGUAAUAAUCGUGAAACGAAGUAAAAACUAGAGACUGUGCAUUUAGAUGAUUAUAUAUGUGUAAAUACGUGCUAAGGAUUGGCGGAAGAGAUACAAAUGGAUAUAUCCAUUUACAAGGAUGUUUAUAUAUAUAUAUAUAUAUAGUUAGAUAGAUAGAGAACAUCGAGCAAGGAACGAACAAACGAAAACGAAGAAUAUUGUUCCAUACGCGAUACAAAAAGUACGAAUAAGAAAACGGAAAAAAAAAUAUAUAUAUAUAUAAAUAUAAAAUGGUAAGAAGAGAAAAGGAAGAUGUUUUUAUCGAUUUGUUAUACAUAUACGGAUGCACGAGCAUACACGCGAGUGGCCACUGGUUUCCUUGAAGGAUGAUCGUGCCAAAAUUCUCACUCUCGGUUUCGAAACUCACGAACCCGUUUCCGUUAACGUUUGUAUUCAGAUGUUUGUUGAAAGAGAGAGAAAAAAAAGAUAAAUAAAUAAAUAAUGAUGAGAAAAAAAAUGUGGAGAAAGAAAUCGCGUAAAGAAAAACGCGCCUGUGGUUUUUUUCGUGUGCACGUCGACAAUACACUGUCCCGUGCCCGUUACCCUCGAUCGAGAACAGGACGAGGGAUAACGCGUGAAUACGGGGUGAAAGUUCGAUUCGCGUAGAACACCACUUCGAUUCGCGGUAAAAAUCGGAUGACUUUUUUUAAAUCGAUGCAAGUUUAUUUGGAAGAAUUGUAUAUUUGUUACUUUCGACGAAUAAAAUAUUCUUGUAUACCUCGA